AUGUGUGACGAUCCUGAACGUGCCAAUUCAAAACCAACAACCACAUCAAGAUCAGAAGAAACAACCACAUCCACAACAGAACAAACAACUCCAUCAACAACAGAACAAACAACAUUAACAGCAGAAGCAGGUGUUCAUGCUACACCGUCACUUACAACGGAAUCUACAACAUCUUCAAAAUAUGACAAAACAGAAAAAGAGACAACAGCUGAAAUCAUCACAACUAUAGCGCCUAGUGUUGACGAAACAACACUCACGUCAGCACUAACAGCAUUGAAACCUGAAGUUCUCAAAACUACUUAUUCAUCUACAGAAAAAACGGAAUCAACUACGACACCCACAUCCUUGGAAAUUUUUGGAAAUAUUACGGAUGUUGUGAAUAAAUUACAGUCUGACGGGGUGAAAGAUAAGUUAGCAGUAGAGACUACAACAGCAUCAAUUACCGACCAUAUAAGAACAUCACAGUCUGAAGAGAUGCAAACUAGUUUGUUGGGAGAGAUUGCAAUUGCGACUACAACAGAAGCAUCAGAAGCAACAACGGAGCCCAUACUCUAUGAAAUUUUUGGAAUGGCUGCGGAAGAUGCGAACACGUCACAACCUGAUAAAAUCCAAACCAGUUUGAAAGGAGUGAUUGCAACUACAACUACAUCAGAAUCAACUCUCGAAGAUACGAGCUCAUCACAAUCUAAAGAGACACAAAUAAGUACGCCAAGAAUGACUGUAACUUCGACUACAACAGAAUCAACAAAAGAAUCUACAACUUUAGAUUUUGAUAAUAUUAUGGAAGAUACAAGAACAUCGGAUUCUAACAGGACACAAAUGAAUUUUCCAGAAAAAUUUGUAGUUACAACAACAGAAUUAACUACCGAAGAUACGACAACAUCACAGUCUAAUGAGAUGCAAAAAAAUUCACCAGCAUCAACAUCUUUAAAUUUUGAUAGUAUUACGGAAAAUACGAGCAUGUCAUAUUCUAACAGGACACAAACUAGUACGCCAGGAGUAAUUGCAACUACGACUACAACAGAUUCAACAAUGGAAUCUACACCUUUAAAUUUUGAUAGUAUUGAGGACGAUACGGAAACAUUGGAUUCUGACAGGAUGCAAAGGAAUUUUUCAGAAAGGUUGGCAGUUACAACAACAACGACAGAAUCAACUCUCGAAGAUAUGAGAUCAUUACAAUCUGAAAAGAUACACAUGAGUUCACCAGGAAUGAUUGUAACUUCGACUACAACAGAAUCAACAAUAGUAUCGUCAUCUUUAAAUUCUGAUAGUAUUAUGGAAGAUAUAAGAACAUCGGAUUCUAACAGGACACAAAUGAAUUUUCCAGAAAAAUUUGUACUUACAACAACAACAGAAUCAACUACAGAAGAUACGACAACAUCACAGUCUAAUGAGAUGCAAAUAAAUUCACCAGCAUCAAUAUCCUUAAAUUUUGAUAGUAUUACGGGAAAUACGAGUAUGUCAUAUUCUAACAGGACGCAAACUAGUACGCCAGGAGUAAUUGCAACAGCUACUACAACAGAAUCAACAUUGGAAUCUACACCUUUAAAUUUUGAUAGUAUUACGAAAGAUACGAGAACAUCGGAUUCUGGCAGGACGCAAAUAAAUUUUUCAGAAAUGUUUGCAGUUACAACAACAGAAUCAACUGCCAAAGGUACGGGAAUAAUUCAGGAUGAUGAGAUGCAAAUAAAUUCACCUGGAAAUAUUGCGACUACGACUACAACAGAAUCAACAUCCUUAAAUUUUGACAGUAUUACGGAAAAUACGACAGCAUCACAUUUCAACAGAACUGCCCCAAAUAUCCGAGAAUUAUUUCGCUUCCUAAUCCAGAAGACUGUUCAACGUAGGUACUACGAAUGUAAUAGAGGUGAACUAACACUGAUGCACUGUGAAAAUGGUUUGGAGUUUAACAAAGAAAGACAAAUAUGUGAUUAUCCAGAAUAUGCAAAUUGCUAUGAUCCAUCAAAAGAAUAUUUUGACAAGGAAUAUGAACAGGGAGAGACAUAUGAAGAAGUAUAUAUCGAUAUAAAUAAAGAUCCGAUAACAACAACUCCUACAACUAUACCUCCAACAACAAUGACACCAACUACAACAUCAACAACAAGCACAACAUCAUCGACAACCAUAACCAGAAUACCAACCACAACAACAAUCUCAACUACAUUGCCUACAGCGACAAGCUCAACAACUGUUCCUACUACAACCACAAUCCCCUCAACAACAGAAAAAUCAUCCACAACAUCGACUACAUUACCUACAACAAUAACAACAUCACAAGUAACAGAAACUUUCUCGACUACAACAGAAUCCGCAAAACAUACCACAUAUGAAUCAAUGACAGAAACGAGUUCAACAGCUAAAGAGGAAGCACAGCUAAUAAAUUCUGAAAUAGUCACAAACCCUAAUACUUUAGAUCAUAUUGAAAGUACAACAACGCCUGAUGUGACCAUUCCUGAUUAUAAGACACCUGAAAUAUCAGAAACCCAUAAACCUACUACAUCUACGCCAACUCUAGAAAAUACUGAACUCAAUCAAUCUGAAAAAGUAACAACAACGGAAGCUAGUAAAUAUAAUGAAGGUGAAUUACCAAAAGAUUUAUCUACAACUUCGGAAGCAACAGCAUCUAAAAAUAAUGAAGUUACUACCGAGAUUACAGCACAAGUUACGGACAUUUCAGAAGCUGCUAAAGCCAAACCAGAUACAGAAUCAGAGCUUUCAGAAUCUUACACAAGCUCUGUUGUAUUGGAAACUACUACUGAAACUAAGCCAUCCGUAGAAGAUACAUCUACAACAGAAGAGACGACAUUUCUAAAUACAGAGGGAACUACAGCAAAAGAUUAUCCAUCAACAUCAACAAUUGUAGAAAGUGUAUAUUCGAAUAAAUCUGAAGAAAAUGAUAAUUCAAUAACAGAAACUCAGAUUCCUGGAAGUAUUUUUACUACCACAGAAACUGUAGUCAGUGUAGGGGAACUAAAUACGGAAACGGAAUCUGCAGAUUUAUAUACAACCCCUACUGCAACAGAAUCCACUACGGAAUAUAAAACAUCACAGGGAACACCAUCUAGUGAAAUAGAGAGAGAUCAUAUUACUUCAGAGAGAACUACAUCAACUGUUGUUCCUAUAACAACCCCAACAACAGGAGGUUCAACAGCGGCAGAUAUAGAACAAACAGAAUCUUUAAUUUCAAAAACAGUUUCAACUACAACAGAAACUACAACAUCUACUACGGAAAAUUUGGAAAUUUUUAAAGUUGAGGAAAACACCGAAUCAAAACUUUUAGAUGCAUCUACAAGUCCUACUAUAAUCGAAACAAUUAAGGAACCAGAGACAUCAGAAAUUUUAUCAACUACGAACGACAUUUACGAUCUGAGAUCUACUACAACAAAAGUAACAGAGUCUUCUAAUACCACAACAAAUACGGAAUUAGAACCUUCAGAUUCUCUUACAAGUCCUAUUGAAGUAGAGACAACUGUGGAACCUCAGAUAUCAGACAAUUCAACUACAGAAUUAAUAAAUUCAGAAAAAACCACAACAACUGAUCUUUCGUCAACAUCAACAACGGGAGAAAACAAUGUAUCGAACACAACUAAUGAAGAAUUGGAAGCAAUGACAGAGCUUGAAAUUCCAGAAGAGGUAAAACCUACAAAACCAGCUAGAAAAUCUCUCUUCAAUUGGUUUAAUUUCAAUGGGAAUCGACCCUUGAGUUCUGUAGGGUACAAAACUACAACAUCGAAACCAACAUCUGUUUGGAAAUACGGUUCUAAUGGCCAAAGGGAAUCAGAACCGGAGGAAGAAUAUGAUAAGCAAGAUACUUCGUCUUGGAAUGGACCAUCUGGUUUAUUGAAUUAUAUUUUUGGAUAAGCAUAUAGUGAUAUUUUGAUGUACAAAUAAAAUGAGGAGAGUGUUUUUAUCAAAUGGUAAUCCACAAAGCAGUUCAUUGACACUGAUGCAACAUAGAUAAAAAUUUGAUAAUAUAGUUUUGAAUAU